AUGGAGAUGGAAACUAAUUCAUCCCUACCGUUUCUCGAAGUUUUCAUAAAGAAAAACCAAUCCCAAAGUUUUCAUCACUCUGUUUACCGAAAACCCACAUACACCACCCGCUACUUACAUGCCAACUCUCACUACACACCUUCACAAAUUAAUUCAGUCAUUAUUACCCUUGUCUCUAGAUUAAUACACCUUUACGAUGAUGGAAGUAGAUCCACUGAGCUCUUCUGUUUAAAACAAGCCCCCAUCCAAAAUGGUUACUGCGAAAAUCACACCAAUAGGAGCACCCACAGAGACUCAGACUCUCAUCAUACGAAAGCUUUUCCUCCUUACAGCAAAGGUGUCACCAACAAAAUCGACAAAAUCCUAAAAUAA